AUGCUACUACUUAGUACUUCAUUCAUAAAUCACUGCCAGCCUACAAUUAAGAAACCGAGCGAGUAAUUAAAACGCGAACUGGUGCAAAUUCCCCAUGUAAUGCGCCACAUUUAGUAUCAGAAACAAUCAUGCACUUUGCGCUUUUUUUGUACUCCCGCAGGUUGUGAUUAACUGUGAUUGCCUUGCACACAAUGCAAAAAAAACACAACAACUUCAAGUGCAAAACACAGGAAAAUAGAGGCGAAAACGGUGAUAUGAAAAUAAGUGGGAGCUGAUUCCCGACCACCCACACACACUUGGAGCGGAGGGAGAGAGCUGCAGCCGAGGGUGGGAGGACGCCGUCGCCAUUGCAGCCGCAGCUGGCUGUCUGUGUUUCUUCUGAGGAGGGAUAACCAGCGAUGGCGAGCGGAUUUCGGCGUCUAUUCAGCGGACAGCCGCGGUGCUUCGGCGUGGAGACAAACUAACAGAGAGGGAGUUUAGCCCUGUGAGGAGAUAAUGCGGACCCACGACGCCAUACCAAACCAGUCUCCUGCCAUGCCUUCACCUCUGCGGUGGCCCAGUCUCUCACCAUGAACACCAGCAGAAACUGCUCCACUGUGGGGCAUGGCGAGGGUCCGGCCGUCCUGGAGUCCGUCUCCAUCGUGACCAUCACGCUCCUGGCCUGCCUGGGGAACCUCCUGAUCGUGGCGACCCUCUACCGCAGGCCCUACCUGCUCACACCCAGCAACAAGUUUGUGUUCAGCCUGACGCUGUCCAACCUGCUGCUGUCGCUGCUGGUGCUGCCCUUUGUGGCUGUGAGCUCAGCCAAGAGGGAGUGGGUGUUUGGAGUGGUGUGGUGCAACUUCACUGCCCUGCUCUAUCUGCUCAUCAGCUCUGCCAGCAUGCUCACUCUGGGAGCGAUUGCUAUUGACAGGUACUACGCAGUGCUCUACCCAAUGAUUUACCCGAUGAAGAUAACAGGGAACCGGGCUGUUGUGGUCAUCGCCUACGUGUGGCUGCACUCCCUGAUGGGCUGUCUGCCCCCCCUGUUUGGUUGGUCCUCCUUUGAGUUUGACUGUUUCAAGUGGACCUGUGUCGCGUCCUGGCACAGAGACCCCGGCUAUACCAUCUUCUGGGUCACAUGGUGCAGUGUUCCCGCCUUCCUCGCAAUGCUGGCCUGUUAUGGUGUAAUUUUCCGCGUUGCCCGCAUGAAAGCUCGGAAGGUGCACUGUGGCACCGUGGUCGUGGCCCAGGACGACUCCACGGCGGCUCAGAGGAACGGACGUAAGAACUCAAGCACCUCAACUUCCUCUAAUGGAAGCCGGCGGAGCCUGGUGUACGCAGGGAGCCAGUGCAAGGCCUUCGUCACAAUCUUAGUGGUGAUAGGCACCUUCCUCAUGACCUGGGGGCCGUACGUUGUGGUGGUGUGCACCGAGGCCCUGUGGGGGCAGGGCAGCGUGACGCAGGAGCUGGAGACUCUGGCAGCUUGGCUGUCCUUCUGCAGCGCGGUGUGCCACCCGCUCAUCUACGGUCUGUGGAAUAAGACGGUGAGGAAGGAGCUGCUGGGGAUGUGCUUCGGGGAUCGCUACUACAGAGAGUCAUUUGCCACACGGCAGCGGACGUCCCGCCUCUUCAGCAUCUCUAACAGAAUCACAGAUUUGGGCAUGUCCCCACACCUGACAGCCAUACUGGCUGGUGGAGGGCAGCUGGUGGCCCCUGGGAGCAGCACAGGAGACACCGGCUUCAGUUUCACUCAGGACUCGUGUACAGACGUGAUGCUGCUGGAUAACUUUUCCACAGACGGCUCCUCCCAUCUGCAGUACCAAGGCAAUCCAGCCGGGAAGAGGAGGAGCUCUGUCACCUUUGAAGACCAGGUGGAGCAUUCCAAAGCCGAAAGCACCAUCCCAUCCACCGUCCAAGUCCAUGCAGAGAUACACAAAUCUCUCGACACCUUUGCUUCCUGCCUGGCGAAGGCGAUAGAGAGCGACGCCAAGCUCACCCUCUUCGGGGAGGGUUCGGCCCUGCCAGCGGGACUGUUUACAACCAGGGCGGCACCGAGGCCCCGAUACCUGGACGGCCAGAGACUGAGGCUGGAGAGUAUAGAUGAAGGGAUUGUCAAAGACGACAGAGAUGAAGAAGAGCAGGAUGUGGAGGAAUUAUCAGCCUGAACACAAGUAGCCUCUUAAAAUAUUGGGCAUUUUAUAGACAUACUCUUUAUCUUUGUAAACUGCAGGGGCUCUCACACUCCCUUACGUGCCAUUACAAAGCUAUAUGAUACAUGGCCAAUGUGAGUGCUGGCCAUUUUGCAGCGUGAUUUAUGAAGUCCGGUUUCUCUACACAAGAAGCCCAAACUGGAAGGUGUCAUUAUUAGGAAGGGGCACAGUCCAUUCCACUGUGUUGGACCAAGUGUACACCAUCAAGAGUGCCUUACAAGCAAAUUGUAUGUGUUCAUGUAAUCACAUAGGAAGCCUUAACUACUGUCACUUAAAUGGUCCAGUGUCUUAUUGAUUUGUUUACUACCACAUUUAUCAUGAUUGUAUUUCUUCAGAAUUUGCAUAAAGCUAAGCCUGAUGGUGUUAAAAGAAUCUGUAGGCCAGCAUCUGUAGAGUUAGUAAGGUACUUUGUUCCUUAUUCUGUAGCCAACUACAAUAAUGUUCAGCACAUUAGAACAAGGGACAGAGAGUUCUGACAUUUCAUAAUUAAUCUGCCACUGUAUAUGUAAUGUACAUAUAAUUGCACUUGAACAUGCAGUAUGUGCUUCCUCUGAUGGAAUCUGUUAUGUUAAAGAGAGUGAUUAUUGAUAUUUUGUCAGUGUUACCCUUUACGGUCCUAGAUGGAGGAGUAUACUAGCAGUGUUGUAGUCAAGAACAAUUAAAGGUGAUAAGACAGAAAAUCUUUAAACUUGAAAAAUAAGAGCACACGCGCAAAAGAUGCAGGUCAUAGAAAAGACAACAGAAUAAAAAGAGUGACACAAAAUGGACUCAGGUCCAAGUAACUUUUUCGGCAGAGAAUAAAAGGAUGUGCAGCCAUUUCAAAAUUGCUGUAUUGAUGAAAAUGCAAUGGCAUAAGCCAGCAUUUGUUCAUACUGAAAGCAGCAGCCAUGUCAGAAAUAAAAUCAUUUGCCUAAUUGGUCAUUUAAAAAAA